CUGUUCUCCCGAGUCCGCUUCCGAUGGUCCGUGGCCUUGCCUCUGUGGCUUGUCCGUGGCCCAUCACCAUCCAGUGGCUUUGUUCUUCUUUUGGUAAGCUCCCCGAGCGUGCAUAUAAGGUCGAUGACCCCCGCAACCCAUCUUUCCCUCAACCAAAUACCUAGGAACACUCACUAGCAUCCCCCACGCGAAGAUCGUUGCAUAUUAACUGCACGCGACACUCUUACGUCCGAGAUCUACACCGAGAUCCAAUGGGAGAGUCCGACCACUACAUUCUCAACGUCACGCAGUCCUGGCGAGGCAAAGACUCGACAGGCAAAGUGUUGCCACUUCACUGGGCCCUCACGAUCAGGACCGCCGGCACGGGAAGCCACCCCCACGGCAACAUCUAUAACGCCGCCGGCAACAUCGACACGUUCUCCUACGAAGUCCUGCACGAUGUGCCACUCACUAACGCCAAUUGGCGCGGCGACCUAACAGUGGGUACCAUCAAGAAAGAAGAUCUCCCUAUGGUCGAAGAUAUCUUGUCGAAAGUCCCUACCGUCCGCCAUGACUUCAAGUGGAACUGUCAGAACUGGAUCUGGGCUGCUCUGCGGGAGCUGAGGUUCAGCAAUGUCAGCAUCGAGACUCUCACCUGGGAACGCCUGAAGUCUGAGAUGGAUGAUCUCUUGGAGGCCUGGGAGAACGGCGACAUCUAGGGCCCUCUGGACGGUAUGACUUACCUUCAAACCUAUGAGCGCAUUCCAGCACUCACGUCGCCAUGUUCAGCCCGGACGCCGUCUUCCGUCUC